ACCUUCUCUGCUGGCUGAGAUAAAGCAUCAAUGAGCACAGGAUGUCUGAUACUGGUGGUAGUCUGUGUUCUUAAUUAUUUCUAAAUGUUAUAUAUUUUUCCAACAUUUUACAUUUGUUUUCAGUGAGAUAUUCAUAUAGUGACUUUGCUGUUGUAAUCAUAACUGUUGCUGCUCUAGAAACAAUAUUUAAUUUUAACAAAAUUAUAAAUAACUUCUUAUCCUGUUUUAAUUUGUUUUUCAAUUCUAUGUAGAAAAGCAAAGUAUUGCUAAGAGUAUUGCCUAGUUGUACUGAAAUCCUAAAGAUACCAUAGUUCUCCAGGGGUGAGCACAUGGUAUUUUAUUAGAAAAUGUACACACUGUCCCUUUUUAAUCCACAAAUCAAAACACUAUUGUUAGUUAUCAAUAAAAAAAAAUAAAAAUAUUUGGUACAGGCCUAAUGGAAACGGCCAGUGUUUGGUAGUUUAUAGUCAGUCAACUAAUCCUUUCAGCACUACCUGCAUAUUUCUCACAAGGACAUCAGACUCCACUGUUCAUGAGCUGCAGGUUACUGUUGUUAUUAGACAUGAGGCGGCAUGACCCUCGUGAUACUCGUGUCUGUUCAUGUGGUGAAGACGGCUGUGAGCCCCGAGGUGGUGAUCUCUGUCAGUCCAGGUUCAAAGAAAGAAAGAAAGAGAAAGAUGGAUGGAUGGAUGGAUGGAUGGAUGGAUGGAUGGAUGGAUGGAUGGAUGGAUGGAUGGAUGGAUGGAUGGAUGAAAUUGCUUUGUUGUAUCCUCCAUGCAGGAUGGCCCCUGAGGUGAUUCUGGCCAUGGACGAGGGUCAGUACGAUGGGAAGGUGGAUGUGUGGUCACUUGGCAUCACCUGUAUAGAGCUGGCGGAAAGGAAGCCUCCUCUGUUCAACAUGAAUGCUAUGAGUGCCUUAUACCACAUCGCCCAGAAUGAGAGCCCUGUGUUGCAGUCUAAUCACUGGUCGGAUUAUUUUCGAAAUUUUGUGGACUCCUGUUUGCAGAAGAUCGCCCAGGACAGACCUACCUCUGAUGUGCUGCUCAAGCACCAUUUCCUAUGCAGAGAGCGUCCCAUAACAGCUGUGAUGGACCUGAUCGCCCGCACCAAGGAUGCUGUCCGCGAGCUGGACAACCUUCAGUAUCGGAAGAUGAAGAAAAUCCUCUUCCACGAGGCCCUCAACGGCCCCGCGCCAGAAGGAGGCGAUGAGGAAGAGGAUGUGGAGCAGUAUAUGCUGCGCACCGGCACAGUCAACAGCAUGGAGAGCUCCCACUCUCUACCAUCCAUGUCAAUCAGUGCCAGCUCCCAGAGCAGCUCGGUCAAUAGCCUGGCAGACGGCUCUGACGACAGCGGGGAGAUGGCCAUGAUGCAGGAGGGAGAGCACACCGUCACCUCCAACAGCUCCGUCCUGCACAAGCCCCUGAGCCAUGACAACAUAUACGAUGAUCCAUAUCAGCCAGAGGUUGACCCACUACGAGAAGCUUCAUCUGCUGUUGCUGCUGCUGCUGCGGCUGCUGCUGCUGCUGGGGGUGGUGGAGGUGGAGGAGGAGGCGGAGGGAGGCGGCGUCGAGGCAGAGACCAUUUUGCCACCAUCAGAACAGCCUCCCUUGUCACCCGUCAGAUCCAAGAACACGAGCAAGGCUCUGCCCUCAGAGAGCAGAUGUCAGGGUACAAGCGAAUGCGGCGGCAGCACCAGAAGCAGCUGAUGGGCUUGGAGAACAAGCUGAAGGCAGAGAUGGAUGAGCACCAGCUCCGGCUGGAUAAAGAGCUGGAGAAUCAGAGGAACAGCUUCUCAAUGGAGGGAGAAAAGCUCUCCAAGAAGCACCAGGCUAUCUUGGAGAAGGAGACAAAGGCAGUUCUGACUGAGGAGAAGAAGUUCCAGCAGCACAUACUGGGCCAGCAAAAGAAGGAGUUGACGGGUCUGCUGGAGUCCCAGAAACGGCAGUAUCGCCAACGCAAAGAGCAGCUCAAAGAGGAACUGAAUGAGAACCAGUCGACACCAAAGCGAGAGAAGCAAGAGUGGUUGGUGCAUCAGAAGGAGUGUCUGCAGCAGCUACAGGCGGAGGAAGAGGCAGGCCUGCUGCGGCGGCAGAGGCAGUAUUAUGAGCUGCAAUGUCGCCAGUACAAGAGGAAGAUGCUACUGGCACGCCACAACCUAGAGCAGGACCUGCUCCGAGAGGAACUGAACAAGAAGCAGACUCUGAAGGACUUGGAGUGUGCGAUGCUUCUUCGUCACCACGAGUCCACCCAGGAGCUGGAGUUCCGCCAGCUGGGUUUGGUGCAGCGCACGCGGGCCGACCUGAUCCGCACGCAGCACCAGACGGAGCUCACCAACCAGAUGGAGUAUAACAAGAGGCGUGAGCAAGAGCUGCGUCAGAAACACGCCGUGGAGGUCCGCCAGCAGCCCAAGAGCCUCAAAUCCAAAGAGCUGCAGAUUAAGCGUCAGUUCCAGGACACCUGUAAGAUCCAAACCCGUCAGUACAAGGCGCUGCGCAACCACCUGCUGGAGAACACGCCCAAGUCGGACCACAAGGCCGUGCUGAAGCGCCUGAAGGACGAGCAGACCCGUAAGCUGGCCAUCCUGGCCGAGCAGUAUGACCACUCCAUCAAUGAUAUGCUGUCCACACAGGCUCUGAGAUUGGAUGAGACUCAGGAAGCGGAGUACAAAGUGCUGCGGAUGCAGCUGCAGCAGGAGCUGGAGCUGCUUAACGCCUACCAGAGCAAGAUCAAGAUCCACACCGACACGCAGCACGAUCGAGAGGUCAAGGACCUGGAGCAGAGGGUGUCCAUCCGUCGCGCCCUGCUGGAGCAGAGGAUCGAGGAAGAGAUGCUUUCCCUGCAGAACGAGCGCUCCGAACGCAUCCGCACCCUCCUGGAGCGGCAGGCCAGCGAGAUCGAGUCCUUUGACUCCGAGAGCUUGCGUCUGGGCUUCAGCAACAUGGCCCUGACGGGCAUCCCCAGUGAGGCCUACCCCAUGCAGGGCUACCCAAACGUCCCGCCCCCCAGCUCCCGCUCUGCCGGCCACUGGAGCCACGGCAUGCACCCGCAGAACAUGCCGCCGCAGCCGCACUCCCGCCGCAGCCACAACAGCAGCAGCAGCAGCGGCAUCAGUAGCGGCAGCGGCGCAGGGGACCGCAGGAGCGAGUCCUCCUCGUCCUCCCACCCACUGGGAAUGGCCUUGGGGCUGGGGCGGGACGGGAGGGAGGUGCACCACUCGUCCCGCUCCUCCGCCUCAUCUUCCUCGUCCUCGUCCUCCUCUUCCUCGCACCACCAGCGCCACCACCUGCCCCAGCACUACCACCACCAGAGCACGCCGCAGCUCUACCGUGAGCGGGAGCGGGAUCGAGAGAGGGAGCGGGAGAAGGAGAGGGAGCGGGAGUGGGCUGGAGUGCGAGGCUCCGGCGGCGACCUGGCCCACCCACACCCCCUGCCCUUCUCCCAUCACCUGCCCUCACGCUCCUCCUCUCAGUCCCUGGCCAUGCUACCUCCCCCGCCGCCUGCCCCUCCUUCCAUCUCUGGCCCGUCCUCCUCUUCCUCUUCCUCUUCCUCCUCACAGGGGGGAAUCUACUCCGGCGCCGGGCUGGUUGUGCGCGGUGCCCCCGGCUUGAUGGCCCUGAGGAACAGCCCCCAGCCUCUGAGGAGGACGGCGUCCGGCGGAGGGCCUGGAGGAGCCGGGGGCAGCGACGGGGUCCUGAGCCGAAGCACCUCAGUCACUUCACACAUCUCUAAUGGCUCCCAUCUCUCCUACUCUUAGGCGGCAGGGUGGUAGCAUGAAAAGGGGCAGUGAUUUAGGAAGGUAGCUAUCCCAGGUUGCAUCUCAAUACUCUCAGCUUGCCACCUUGCCUCGCGUCCUUUCUUGGACUGAUCUCUCCUCUCAGAAUAGCUGAAAGGAUAUCCCCCUUUCCUCUUAAUGCACAGAAAGAGAUCAGUCCCCAUCAGAGGCAGAGAGAGGACAAACUGACAUUGUUGAGCUGCAGCCUGCUCCUUUAGACUCAGGGUGGGUAGAGAGGCUUUCUCCCAUUCUCACAGGUAUAAAAGAGGGAGGGAGGAAUGUAACCACCUGUAAUACCACUGGAUUAAGGUGACUUUAGAUAAACAAAACAAAAAAAAGAGGUUUGUGUUUAAUGUUUUUAUCUUUGUUACUACCUGUAUCAAAGUGAGACAGGAAGUGUGAGAGGAGGGUUAUUUUGCCCUUUUUUUCUCCCAGAGGCUGCAGAGAGAGGGAAUGGCAGCCGUGUCUUCUUCUAUGAUGUUCUAUGCUGGAAUGGAGAAAGAAAGAAGGAUGGGGGAAGGGAAAAAUGUGUUCUUUUGCAUUGUGUAUGUACUUGUAUGUAGUCUGUAGAGUCCAGAUAAAUCUAGCAAGCACUUGUAACUGCAGCUCCAGAAAGGAAAAAAGGGGAUAAUCACAAAAGAUGGGUGACUUUGGUCUCCAGCCUGCUGGGGGAUUUGAAAACACUUUUAUUGAUUUACAACUGUUGAUGUUUUGUUGAUUUUUUUGUAUUAAGUGUAUAAAAAAAACACAAAAACAAGUUUCUUGGAACGUCACCAAUGCCUUUAAGGGGUUCUUAAAGGGAUGUCGUGCAAUCAAAAUUUUUAUUUGAUGACUGCAAGAUGAUUUAAAAACAGAAUGUUUGUAAAGUAAUAUACUCUGUUCUUAAAAUGCAGCUGGGAUGUGGAGACACAUUUGUGUGGACAUGUAAAAAUACAAAAAAAGCUUUCUGGCAUUCAUGACAUAUUGAAUAUAUAAACAACAUAGGUGUCUAUGGGAGUCACCCCAUGCAUGAGAUAGAUGUACAAAAAAACAAGACAUUUGUAAACAUGACCAAAUGAAACGUACCGUACCUGUCCAAGUUUCACUGGCAUUGAAGAUCACUCCACAUUUUUGAUCUUUGCUGUACAUAUUUAUGGGAAUAGUACAAACUAAAAUGAGUCAUUGGUUUUAUAGUGUAACAAAGAUCAUGAUAGUAAUUUUGAUAUAGUCAAAUGAGUAUUGAAUUCAAGAUUUAGAGCGACAACUCCAACUGCAUUUUCUAUAGGUGUCAAUAUUACCAUAACUAAUCCUGAUGUAAUUGUUGUUGUAAUUAUUUUCCCAUUUUUCUUGUGAAGAAGAGGGCCCGCUUUUGACUGUAUAAAAAAUAGAUGAUAAACUGUUGUCAGGUAUGGUGUGUAUUCAAGGUAUUAAUGAUUAUUAAUAAGGGAUUAUUAAUAAUUGUUAAUGAUUCAUGUAUGUGUGUAAAGCGGUAAUGUCUAGUUAUAUUGCCACUUUCUUUAGACAAAACAAUUGCAUUUUAAAAGACACUCCUACAGCUGCAACAUCCCACUUAUUCACGUGAACUCUGACCUCCUCUGAACUCUCACAGGAAAAAAUUGAAGAUUUUACAAUUGGGCACUGGAAUGUAAAUGUGAAUGCUGGAUUUCCUUUUUACUUAUUUGUUUUUAUUGUGGGAAUAAGUUUCCACACAGAAGCUCUCAAAGGAAGCACGGACAAAAAGAGAAGAAAGACGUGCACAAUCCUAGAAGAAGAAGAAGAAGAAGAAGAAGAGGACGGGUGUCGACUGAGCUGCUGUGAACGUGCACCCUUAUGUGCCGGCACAGCUGCAGUGACCGCAGCAGCCCGUCCUCACAGAUAAAGACACCAUUCAGUGUUUUUAGUUGCACUCUGUGCUUCUGUAGGUUAAUUUAAUCGAAGGAGAUCAGAAAUAAUUGUAAAUGUUAUUGUUGGUGUUUUUUAAAAAUAUUUUAUUUUAAAUUGGAAAAAAAAAAAAAAAAAGUGAAAAAACAUAAUCACCCUGCUGUUUGUAUGACUCAGAAACACCAGCGCAAGACAAUUCCCUGUAUAACCUACUACUUUAUGCUCGGUUGGAAUCUCAGUGCAUGCAUAAACUUCUUAUAUAAACUAAGACCGGCGGGUUUCGGGGCGGCCUUUGUGUUGGGGAAAUCGGUGUGGUAGUGUUUUUAGACGGGUUGUUGUCAGUGUCAGAGGUCGUGGAGAGAGCAGGAGGUCUCAGUUCCUGCAUCAUGCCUGGAUGAAAGAUGAAGACAAAGAAGCAGCACAGGCUCAUCUGUGUUUUGCAGAGUUUUCGUGGGGUGGGGGGGUUAAAAUCCUAUACUAUUCCAAAUCAAGCCAUUACAGGGCUGAGGACAAGAAGGAAGAAGGGUCUUAAAGUAUGUAUUGGAAAAGUAA